UUAAGUGGGAAGAGGAGAACGACCGACAUCCAGAUAAGCACUUGGAAACAUUUCCCUAUGAAAUGGGGUGCUGUUUUAGCAGCGACGAGGAAAAGGAUUAUUUGAAUUCUGAUGCCAAUGAAACUUCUAGACUAUUAGGAGACCCUGUGAGUAACAAUUCAACUCCACAGACACAAAUUGGAGAUGGAUAUAACUCAAUUGCACAGCAACACUCACAGAAAGGGGACGAACAGUCUGCAUUGGAAAGAAUACUUCACAAUACAGCCAGAAACGUAAUAGAUGUUGGUGCUAUUGAUGGCCAAACUGUAGAAAACCAAGAAUACCAUGACCGGUCACAGCAGUAUAGUGGUCGACUUAAUAUGAAGUUGGGCACUUCGGGCAGGGGACGCAGUUACAAGAACAUGUUACCAAACAGUACAGCAACACCACAAGUAACUCUCUCUCAGCCUCCUGUCGCCAUUGCUGAUGUACAACUGAUAACAAAUGUAGCAGAAAGACUAAGUAAAGCAGUAAAGGAAGUGAAGGUGGAGCACAAGGAGGACCUGGUCGUCCCAUUCGGAGUUCCUUGAUAUCAACAACAGCGCUACUAGUUCACUCUCUAAACAUUAAUAAUGAUUAUUCCGGUUUAACAUCUAUCCGAUCCCAUUUGGGAUGCCACCCAUAUAAUUUGUUUGAUAAUAUGUAUAAACAUAACAGGCAGAGAACCCAUCCAUUGACAUGAAAGUGAUCAAUUUAAAGAUCCUUUAAAAAGACUUUUUUAAUGGAAUUGUUCUAACAUGCAUACACCAACAUAAAAUCAAUACCUUCCGACACUGAAAAACAAAGUGCUGUUCGCAAGUUACUUCCCUUCCAUCAAUAAUGUAAACAAGACGGUUGGAUUUUUUUUUUUUUUAUCUCAAUUAAGUUGUUUGUUCUUAAAAGUCUGUAUAACUGACACCAGUCGUUUGAAUUUUGAUAAAACUGUUUUGUAUGUAUUCAUAUAGUUAUCUUUCAAUGAAAUUUAACAUGAGAUAAUUUGAAUAAUAUUGCAAAACCUUAAAGUCUGCAUAUUUUUUAGAAAUAUAUCAUACAGAGUAUGUACCUUUGUAUAAAAAAUGUGACUAACUUUAUGCGUUGUGGGUCAUGUAUAGCAAUGAGCUUUCAAUGAAAAUGUCACCUUACACCCAGACUCUUUCCUUGAAGUGCAAUCUAUCUGCUCUCUGUUUAAAACUGAAUUAUGUACAUGUAUUUAUACCGUGUAUGUAACUAAUAUUCCAUUACAUACAGCAUUUACUUCAUGGCUGUAAGAGGAAGGUAUGUAAGGCGAACUUAAAUAAGAAUAGGUUGUAUUGUCAGUGUUACCAUGGUGUUGAAUUCACAAGUAUAUUGUACUAGAAAUUUUGCAUUAUCUAAUCAUGAUUUGAACAGUCAUUCCUCUAAAAGUACUCAUAUAUUUAAGCUUAAAGCUUCUCAUUUUUGUAUCGUUUACUUUGCGAUUUUGGCACAAGUUGCUGAAAGCUUGAUAGAGUUAACCAGAUGUUAGCUAGGAUUUCAAAAUAUUUAUGGAAAAAAAGUUGGGAAUACCUGUUGAGACAGUUUAGAUUGAUAUUAAUAGUGUCAGUUUGGGUUUAAAAGUUUUUUUAUUAGUGGCAACAAUUCAAAUUUUUGAGCAACUGGGGCCUGAUCCCUGUUGUUCAGAUGUCGGUGACAGUUCAGUGGUAACUGAAAAAGCUCAAAUUUUCACAACAGAAAUGAUAAAGAUUUCAAGGCAAACAAGGGGCUGAACUGUACCAUUCAAGCCUGUUUUAUCAUAUCUAGUUGUGAAAUGAUACAGGUUAGUUUACACUAUCCACUGGUCAGACCUUUCCAAAAUUUGAGCAGUUUGGACCAGUGAACCAUGUUAUUGGCACUUAGGAUCAUCUUGUUCAUAGUCUUUCAGUUCAAAUACCUAGUCUGUUGGAAUUGUGUGCCCUUA